AUGAAGCUUAAGGUCGAGGACCCCAUUAAGAAGAGCAUUGCCAAUGCAAAGAGGAAUAAAAGGCGACGGGAUAGAGCAAAGCAGCUUCGGAAUGCCCAGCCCCCGAGCCUUUCGACAAACGUAGCUGUCCCAAGUGCCAAUGCGCAAGAGGCGCCGGUGAACAUUGAUAACGACGCGACCUAUGAGCUCGAAGAUUUUGAUCCGAUUCACCGUGAAGACGCUGGCGACGUGGAAGCAUCGGAAGAUGCUGACGGUUUCAGCGCAGCCGAGGAGGAACCAGAACCAGAGCCCGGACCAGAGUCCACGUUAGCACAAGAUGUGCGGGAAGCGUACGUGCGUGACUUUGCAGCAGCCGCGGAGAGCCGGACUUGCUUUCUGAACAGCAGCGCUGGCGUACUUCGCAGCCUGGCGGGAAGCAGACCUGAGGCGUGCCCCCG